AUGGGUAAGAAACGACUGGAUGUCGGACCUGCGGCGCGUAAGGAGCGCCGACGCAGUCGCAGCAACGGCGCUGAGGCCCCGUCGGGUCGUCGCGACGACGAGAGUGAAGUGAGCUACCGCCGUCGUGCGUUUCCGUUGACGUUGCGCAUGUGGGACUUCCAGCAGUGCGAUGCCAAGCGCUGCACUGGCCGCAAACUCUGUCGCUUGGGCUAUAUCAAGAGCAUGAAGCCUGGUAUGCACUUCCGAGGGCUUGUGCUGUCGCCUGCAGGUGAACAGGCCGUGUCUGCAGCAGACCGUGAGCUUGUGGUGGGCACUGGCAUCUCUGUGAUUGACUGCAGCUGGGCCAAAGUGCAGGAGCUGCCGUACAAGCAGCUCCGGUCGGGCGUGCAUCGUCUGCUGCCGUUCCUCGUGGCGGCAAACUCAGUGAACUAUGGACGUCCGCAUAAAUUGUCGUGUGCGGAAGCGAUUGCCGCGACGCUGUACAUUGUGGGGCUGCAAGACGAAGCCCGUCAACUCAUGGGCGAGUUUUCCUGGGGCGCUGAGUUCCUCAAGAUCAAUGCAGACUGUCUGGCCGCCUAUGCAUUGUGUGAGAACAGUGCAGAGGUGGUGAAGGCGCAGAACGAGUACUUGGCUGCAUGCCAGACCGAGCACAAGGAACGUCAGCAGCGGAUGAACUUGCCGAGUCUUGAAGAGAGUGACGAAGACGACGGCGACGAGGACGAGGACGAAGGAAAAGACGUGGAGCUCGAUCGCUUUGGCAAUGUCGUGGUGCCUUGUGCAGCGCCAACUGCAGUUGAGAUGCACGAUGGUUCCGGUAGCCAAGACUCGGACGAGGAGCUGCAGCAGCGCGAAGAUGUAUUGCCAAUGUCGUCGUCUGCUGAAGACAGUGGACGACCGGACUCUGACGAAGAAAUCACGUGCUUGCUUGGAAACUUGCACCGCGCGGCUGACUCGGUCAAGAAAACGCACAAGAUGCGGGAGGAAGCUCGCAACGCCCGUGAGCUUGAUAGCGAGAGAGCAUAUGCGUUUACUUCCAUGGAAGACGUUCACCGUCAACAGGUGGCUACAGUAUGCUUGGAACGAACGGCCGUGGCUGUAUCUGGUGAUGCAGUGCUGCAGCUCCCAACGUCAGUUUUCCACCAGUGGGAACAGGACGACGCAAGUCGAGAUCGAGAGAAGUCGUAG